CUUCUUAUCACACUUAUGCAGCCAUUCAUUACAUUUUUUUUCGUCAGCCCAUUUUAUAAUCCAACUCCUCCAACGGGAUCAAGUAGUGUCUAUGUAGUUGAGAAGGAUAAUUGUGUGGAGUAGUAAUUGGUGUAUAAUUUGAAUUAUUUUGCACUUUCGUUUCAAAAACAUGGUUUCAUCAACGAGUACAAAUGGUGUGAGUAAAGGAUGUGCUACAAAGAAACUGAAUAGUGAGUUGAGGAAGCCGCACAAAGUCCUAGGGGUGGAGUUUGCACCAAUUAAUAUUCCUUUGGAGAGGAGAAAGCAGACGUUGGCCGUGCUAACUUGGACAGCACUAUUUUUCUUCUCUGGUCCAGGAGGACCGGUAAUUCUUGUCUAUACGUUCUUUUUCACCAGACUCUGGCCACUUUCACUUUUGUACGCUAUUUGGAUCGUGUAUGACAGAAACACGUGCAAUGUGGGGUCGAGAAAGAAUGGCACUAUCACCAAAUUCUUCAAAAACUGGGUUUUGUGGAAAUACUACGUGCGCUAUUUUCCUAUCAAGCUUGUGAAAACAGCCGAAUUGGAUCCCAAACGGAACUAUUUACUGGCUUCUCAUCCUCACGGAAUUUUAGCAAGUGGAACGUUUGCAAGUUUUUCAACAGAGGCAAACAAAGUGUCCACAGUGUUCCCGAAUAUUCAAUUCAACAUGUUGACACUUCCGCUUAACUUUUAUCUUCCAAUUUAUCGCGAGCUUUGUUUGGGACAUGGCUUAUGUUCUGCGAAGAAGGAGAGCAUGAACUAUCUUUUGAGCCAUCCCGACGGGGGUAGAGGAGCCGUUUUGGUCCCCGGUGGGGCUCAAGAGUCGCUAGAAAGUCAUCCGGGAAAGUACGUGGUACAGUUGAAGAAAAGAAAAGGAUUCGUGAAGGUGGCUUUGCAAAAUGGCUCUCCGCUGGUCCCGAUUUAUUGUUUCGGAGAGAAUGAUAUUUAUGACCAAGUUAAUAACCCGGACGGAUCAUUACUUCGUGGGUUUCAAAAUAAAGUGAUGGAACUCUUUACAUUUGCUCCGCUCUUCUUUACAGGGAGAGGAAUAUUUCAAUACAACUAUGGAAUUUUACCUAGAAGACAUCCAAUUUUUGUUGUGGUCGGAGCCCCCAUCGACGUGGAGAAAGUUGAGUCACCUACAAAUGAUCAGAUCGACUCCUUGCAUUCGAAAUACAUGCAAGCAUUACAAAACCUUUUUGACAAACACAAAAGCGAAUUUGCACAUUCCGAUGCUCAGCUUAAAAUCAUUUAAUUUAUGACUCUCAAAGAAACCUGACUGUUCAUCAUCAAUUGUCCCCUCUCAAAUCUCAGCGACUUGUUUUGCUAAUUACAAAGUUGAAAAUCACACAAGUGUAAUAUUUUUGUUGAAAACCAUACGAAUAAAAAAAUGUUGACAAUAAAUGCAACUAUUGAAGGGAC